CCAUUCAUAAUUACUAGAUCUAAUUUAGAUCUAUAAAAAUUAUUUAUUAAAUCUAGUCUACUUUUAACAACUGCUUUUUAAAUUUUCAUAUUGAGUAGCUCACUCUUAAAAUAGAUCUUGAUCUAGAGGUUUUAUUACUGAUUUUUUAUUUGGCUAACAAGAUCUACAACAAGAGGAAAUAGCUCGGGGAGACUACUCUAGCACUUCCAACCUCCUAACCAGAUAAGAGGCAGACUACUCUGAAUUUUAUGUCUCUUCUCUGUGACAACAGACGCCGAAAACAUUAAGGGAAGACAUCAUGCCAAAAGCCAAAGAAGUUUCUAACCAUCCUUGCCACCUGCUCAGUUUACCUUCUGCUAAACGGUUUUGGUGCAGACACUGUAUGACAGUGUUUGAGGAUGCUAUCACAAGGUGGCACCACAGCCGAUCCUGUCGCUAUGGGGUUGUCAACAAUUUCAUGCGCCGACGUGAACUUGAGGCCAAAGCCCUGCAGAACACAUCAGUUCUGAAUCCUAUUGAAGCUCGUCUUGAGCAUAGCAUCCAAAUGUCAGAUCUAGCCACUAAAAAUGUGUCUGCAGCUACGACAUCAAGACAGGAAAAUGUAAUUAUGCCUGAACAAGAUUCCUUCACGUGUUUCAUUUGUCACCAAAAAUUUUUGUCAAUGGAAGAAAUGAGAAUGCAUGUGAAGUUUCCUUGCAGUAAUAGUAAGAUAAUCACCUCUCAUGUGCCACACCCUAAAAACUCUGUUCCAGUUUUUAUUGAUAAGAUGCCAGUCAGGCAAUCAUGGCAACAGAGUAUCCACCAGCAGGACCUUUUGCAUCAGACCUAUGGUCAUUCCAGCAUUCAACAGUCCAAUCAGGAGGCCUGUUUGGAUAAGUCGGAUCAAGAGAUAGAAACCCAUCAUUAUGAAACUUCUACCCUGACAUUCACCAGAGAUAGCAAUUCAACGGAAACUAUUACUCCAACUAAUAUAUAUGUCAAUGAGCUUGGAGAAACUGUAAUAGAAGUUGAGAAUUUAGAUCUAAAUACGGAAGGGGCAGAACUUUCGCUUGCCCACCUCCUGACCCAGCUUUCUCAACAGGGGAUAGUGUUUGAUAAGAACAGAACGGCAGAACUUCAGUGUAAACAAGAUAUUGGCGUUAGUGGGGAUUCCAACAUACUAUACACCACGGAUGCAGCAUAUGAAGAGGUUAUUAAAGAGGAAGAAGAGCAGCCAACUGCUGAAGAUGCUGCCAAUACACUUGCACAGCUUGCUGGCUUCAGAAGUUUUCGAAACAGUCAGCCUACAUAUGAGGUAACAGCUGCUGAAGAUAGGCCUGUGCACUCAAUGGAUGGUUACCAAUACUCUGAUUACAUAGCUGGACAAAGUGUGACCAGUACACAGUCAGAAAUGGAUAUCACUUAUAAGUAUGAAUACUCCAGUGAAUCCUGUGAAGAGGGCAAUGGCGCCAGUCAGGUUGGUGCGCUAGUUCAGUGCAGGUCAUCAAGCUCAUUACCCUUUCACAGUGGUAGGACAAUCACCCAGAGUGGGGAUCGAGUCAGCAUUGUGGAGCAUAUCUAUGAUUCAGCCUUAGGAAAAUAUGUGCCUGUGACAGACUCCCAAGUUAUGCAGACAGAUGAGGAGGUGAACUGUAGUUCAAUCGCUUCCACACAAUGUUAUACGAUAGAGGAAAAAAGAGACAGUGAAAAUGUUAAACAAGAACUCAUUGAUGGGCAUUACUCAGAACAUGUUACUGUUAGUGAGAGAGGAGCAAGUAAAUUGAACACUCCAGUCCUUGAUGUCAGCCCUGUCAUUCUAAGCAAUGAGUCUGUCAAAAACUGCUCCGCCCCUGAGGAAAAAAGUCAAGAAAAUGAAGAAUUUACUGUUCCUGAAUUAUCACUUCAAGAAAUUGUUGAUACAAACAACAUAUCCUUUGAAGAUCAGCUACCAUUGGGAAACCAACAGACAGUUAAGACUGCAUCACAAAACUCUACCUGCCUUGAAAGUUCAGAGGGUUCACUACCCCUUGAAUAUACUACAGAGUCAGUAGAACAGUUUUCCUCUCAGUCCAAUCAUAUUGGUGCAACUGUCUUUGUUGUCUCAGAAACAGAAGUUCAGGACAUAGAUGACAGAACGAGUUGAAACCUUGAUUCCCAUUGUUGACUUUUGUUCAGAUUUCGUGUAUCUCUAUAGUUGUAAAAUAAAAAAAAAUGAUUGUC